UCUUUUUUUCACUGAUAACCUAACACCGUCCGUUCGACGCGUAAAUAAUAAACAAAUCGCAAAAAACGUUGUUUCAAACGACGAGUGAGCACUUUUAUUCCACCGUACAAAUGGGACAAACUAUUGGAACACCAUCAACAACCGAAUCAAUUGAAGAUACGGUCGAUACGAUUCGCUAUGGAAUUCGGAAACAUGCUCAAUGCCUAAAGGAAAUCAGUUCGCUCACCUAUGAAGAAUUCAAUAGUUGCCUGAGCAACCUCAAUGAUUUGUCUCGAAAAUGUUUGGAUUCGAAUGGAAAAGUUACGAUUUUUGCAGUGAAAAAAGGUAGCGACCAAUCAUUUUUAUGGAAGGCAACCGUUCGAAUUGCUUGCGUUAAAUGCGAUCCAGAAAGCAAUCGCAUUGAAAACUACAAGCUCAUCAAUUUGAGAGAGUUCUUAAAAGUGUUCAACACCUUUCAAACACAUCUCGAAGCAAUGUCAUCGUGUGAAGAACAACAUGAAAGGGCACGUCGUCUACCGAAUUUACUUGACAAUGUGGCUGAAGUUUCACCAGAUGAAGAAUCAGCUUUUGAGUGCUGCAUUUGUUUAGAUAGAAAAACCGAUCUCAUUCUACCUUGCGAACAUGUUUUCUGCAGCACUUGCAUCGAAAAAUGGAAUGAAAAUCACGACAAGUGUCCGCUAUGUCAGACAAAAUUGAACGGUAUAAAUGACUCAUGGGUAUUAUCCGAGUUGCCAAAGACCAACGAGGUGAAUGAAGAAAUCUUGACCGAAUUGAAUGCGAUCACAAAUGACUCCUCCAAUGAGGCCGAUGUACACCAAGACGAAGACGAUGAUAGCGAUGACUAAAUCAAACUUACCCAAACUAAACCAAUAUUGACAAACUCAUGUCAACGUUCGCGAGAUAUCGAGUUUUCCCUAGCUUUUAUGUGUGAUUUGUUUAACCAAAACAAUCUUCAACUAACAGUAUAUUGUAAACAGAAAAGUAUUUUUUUAAGUUUUUCUUCUUAUGUGAUUUCUUGUUGUAUUUCGAGUUAAAUGAUAUUCCGAUAUGAAUCAGAUAAAUAUAGUUAUAUAUUGGCAUUGGGAUUAAAAAUGGUGGAAAUAAAAUCAGCCAUAAUAUUUUUAUCA